GAAGCACGACCUGCAGCACGUAGGCGCAAGUUCUGAUAAUGUUUUGAGAAGUUAACUACGCUGUAGCUGCCUACGACCGGUACUCACCGAGGACAGAGCGGGUUUGUUUCUUACAAAUGGCCACCAUCGUCUUUUGGACAGUGAACAAAACGGCUCCGACUACGACGAGACGAUGCUUGACUGCACAUUUAAAGGGGGUUGCUAGGGUAAGAGAGUCGCGUUUGCCGUUUUCCUCCGCUUACAGCCCGUCAUUGACUUUGCUUCCGGGAACGAGAUGGUUUUCCAGGGGUACCGGAGUGAGGUUAAUGUCCCAUGGGACCGCAGGGAGAUCCGCAGCCGGACAAGCCAGAAGGGGAGCUCUGGCGCUCAGUGGAGCCGCGGCAGUGACAGCAGCAGCGGCCGUAGCGGGGUUUUUAGCCAACACUAACCACUUCCAGCGUGCAGAAAUGGCAACGAGAGUCUCUCAAGCCGCCGAGGAAAAGGAGCAAGAGGGGGAUAUUCUGGAAAGAUGCCGGGGGUUCAUGUCCCCUCCAGUGACCGACAUCAGCGUGCUGCAGAGAAUGAAAGGGGAGAUGCGUACAAGGAUGGAAAUACUGAUCAUGGAGACGCAGGCCGAGUUCUGUAGAGCCCUGCAGAAGGUGGAUGGUGGGACGUUCAAGGUGGACCGAUGGGACAGGAAGGAAGGUGGCGGAGGAAUCAGUUGUGUGAUGCAGGAUGGAAAGGUGUUUGAGAAGGCAGGGGUCAAUGUGUCAGUGGUGUUUGGGAACCUGACCGAGGAGGCCGCCAGGCAGAUGAGGAGCAGAGGCAAAGUCCUCAAAGGGAAAGAUGGGAAGCUGCCUUUUUGUGCCAUGGGUGUGAGCUCUGUUAUCCACCCUAAGAACCCCCACAUCCCCACAGUGCACUUCAAUUACCGAUACUUUGAGAUUGAGGAGGAAGAUGGCACUAAGCAGUGGUGGUUUGGUGGAGGCACAGACUUGACUCCAGUUUAUAUUGAUAAAGAAGAUGCGUUUCACUUCCACAACACCCUGAAGGAGGCCUGUGACAAGCACGGCCCGCAGUACUACCCUGACUUUAAGAAAUGGUGUGACAGAUACUUCUAUAUCCGCCACAGAGGAGAAACUCGAGGUAUAGGAGGGAUCUUCUUCGAUGACCUGGACUCCCCAAGUCAGGAAGAAGUGUUCAACUUUGUCAAGAGUUGUGCCCGCACUGUGGUGCCCUGUUACCUGCCCAUCGUAUACAAACAUCUCAAUGACUCCUUUACUGAUGAGCAGAAGGACUGGCAGCAGGUGCGAAGAGGCAGAUACGUGGAGUUCAACCUGGUGUAUGACAGGGGAGUGAAGUUUGGCUUGGCCACGCCUGGCUCCAGAAUUGAGAGCAUCCUCAUGUCCCUCCCUCUCACUGCCAGGUGGGAGUACAUGCACGAGCCUGCCAAAGGUACCCAGGAGGCCGAGAUGCUGGAGGUGUUACGAAACCCCAAAGAGUGGGUGUGACCGCAGUGUUCACAGGUUUACAUGUCAAUAUGGACAAAACAUCCAGGAAAACAUCUUUGUUGUGUUUUAUAAAGGUGUGACCUGUUUGACAAGGUCUACAGCUGUUAAAAAUUUGUUUACCAAAAUAAUAUGAACUUGCUUUCCAAUUGCCUGAAGAGUUUUUUUAAUCUGCGCUGGUACUUUUCUCCUUCCUGUUUGCUGUUUUGUCAAAUCAGCCUUGUUAACACGUAAUCACAGGGGAUUUUAAUAUUGUAAUAAUGAGACUGUGUUGUUAAACGCAAUGAUUGAGCUCUGUGCCAAAGCUUGCUGCACCUCACAUGUGGCUAUUGUACCUGCUUUUCUGUUAUCUCAGUUUGAUGCUCCUUUUUAAGCUAGCUGUGAGGGUUUUUUUUUUUUUUUUUUUUUUUUAUCCCUGGGCUAAAUGUGUUGUGCUCUACUUGAAACUGUGUGAGCUCCACUCUGUUCUGUUCUUCUUUAACAAGGCAUUGAAAGGGAAAAUAAGGACAAACUGAGCCACUGUAUUUGCAUGUGCACCACUACUCGUAUCAAAUAUUAAUAAACAUUUUAAUGUUUUUAAUGUGUAAGUGCAUAUGCACGCCACAAUGGGUUAUCUUUUUUUGACAAUCAAAGCUAA